UUCCUUGGGCCUUGGGUACAUAGACCAACAAUAAUUUAGACCACGACUACCGCAAGUUGGUUGUUUUGUCGGAACGGUCAACCUAGCACCAAAAUAUUGUCUGAAUCUCACAUCCCAUUGGUGUUCUCAAUCCGCUCCGCUUAGUUCAAAAACCAGGAGAAAAGCUAGAUUCUAAUUAAGGUUAUGAUGUUGUCUCUCGUGAGGCGCAAAGUUGCGGCCACUGCCUCUUCUUCCUUGUCCGGGUCGUUGGGACGAGCUAGGUCUGCUGCAGUGUUGUCGCAUCCGCGCAACUAUCAGUUACAGACACAAUAUCUUAAAAGUGGAUCAGAACAAAUUCACAGCUUUUGUGAUCAAGGCCACUCAGAUAAUUCAAGGCAUGUAAGGAAUGUUGUAUCAAAUAUUCGAAUAAAUAAUUCUACAUUAGUCUGGAGUAGAUCAUAUUCUUCAGAUAGUGGUGAACUAGUUGAGGCUGUUGUACCAUAUAUGGGUGAAUCCAUUACCGAUGGCACUUUAGCCACUUUCUUAAAAAAACCUGGCGAUCAUGUUGAUAUUGAUGAGCCAAUUGCCCAAGUUGAAACUGAUAAGGUGACAAUCGAUGUUGCAAGUCCUGAAUCUGGUAUCAUCAAAGAGUUUUUAGCCAAAGAAGGUGACACUGUGGAACCAGGCACGAAGAUAGCAAUUAUAUCGAAGUCUAGCGAAGGUGUAACACAUGUAGCUCCCUCAGAGAAGCCACCUAGCAAGGCUGUGUCCGAGCCAUCUCCUGCCCCUGCAGAAAAGGAGAAAAUGGACAAGCAAAUUCCCAAGGCAGAAACAACACUGCCCAAGGACAAGCCCAAAGUACCUUCCCCACCGACUUCUAGAUCUUCACCCUCUGAACCUCAACUUCCACCAAAAGAAAGAGAAAGAAGAGUUCCUAUGACAAGGCUAAGAAAGCGAGUUGCAACACGGCUGAAGGAUUCCCAAAAUACUUUUGCACUGCUAACCACAUUUAAUGAUGUUGAUAUGACUAAUUUAAUGAAGCUUCGUUCUGAGUAUAAAGAUGCCUUUCUUGAGAAGCAUGGAGUAAAACUAGGACUUAUGUCAGGUUUUGUCAAAGCUGCUGUAAGUGGGCUCCAGAACCAGCCAAUCAUCAAUGCUGUUAUUGAUGGAGAUGACAUUAUCUAUCGAGAUUAUAUUGACAUCAGUAUUGCUGUUGGUACACCAAAGGGUCUUGUUGUUCCGGUUAUUCGCAAUGCUGAAAGAAUGAACUUUGCUGAUAUAGAGAAAGAAAUCAACACUUUAGCAAAAAAGGCUACUAAUGGUUCCAUUUCUAUCGAUGAGAUGGCUGGAGGUUCAUUUACAAUAUCUAAUGGAGGUGUAUAUGGAAGUCUCUUGAGUACCCCAAUUAUUAAUCCUCCACAGUCUGCUAUUCUGGGUAUGCAUUCUAUCGUGAAUCGUCCAAUGGUUGUUGGAGGAGAAAUUGUUUCACGGCCAAUGAUGUACAUUGCCCUAACUUAUGACCAUAGGCUGAUUGAUGGAAGAGAGGCUGUAUUCUUCUUGAGGCGCAUCAAAGAUGUUAUAGAAGACCCCAGGAGGCUUCUGCUCGACAUAUGAAAGCUGCAAAAGCUGACAACUCUGUAGUAGACCCUAGUGCCUCAAGGGUUAACAAUGUUAUAAUAAAGUCUAAAUUUCUGCUGUUGACCUUAUCAUUGUUUAAUCGCGGCAACUGUUCCUGAGUUUGCAAGUGAGAGUUUGUUAUAAAACACAAGUUGUUAUUACUGUGAAAAACAGUUCAGAGUUUUGCAGAGGGACUUGGAAGAUAUUACCUAAUAUGCUAUUUGUGGUCAAUUUAAUUUAUUUUGUCGGUUGAAGAGAAAAUAAAACUGUACGAGAUUCUUGGUUA